AUGGCGCCUCAACUUGUUUUUGGGACGGGUGUCCUUGGCAUGGACGGCACCGAGUUCCAGGACAGCGAAUCCGUCACAAACCUGCUCCACACGCUCAGGCAGCUCGGCAUCAAUCGCCUGGACACGGCCGCACGUUACCCGCCUUUCAACCCGGGCAAGUCCGAGCAGCUCAUCGGCGCGGCCAAUGUGCCCGGGGACGAGUUCAUCGUCGACACGAAGGUGUACACCGAGGUCGGCGACGGCAGCGGCGACCUGACCAACACUGCCAUUCAAAAGUCCGUGGGCGGCAGCCUCGAACGCCUGCACCGACCACAGGGCGUCAACGUACUCUUCGCACACCGUCCGGAUCCCGCCACGCCGCUCGAGGAGCAAGUGCAGGGCUUCCAGGACCAGAUCGCUCAAGGCCACGCCAAGGAAUGGGGCGUCGCGAACCACCCGCCCGAGACACUGCAGAAGAUCAUCGACCUGUGCGAGCAGAAGCGCUGGGUGAAGCCGAAGUGGUACCAGGGCACCUACAAUCUGCUCACGCGCGGCACGGAGACCCGUGUGCUACCCAUGCUACGGGCACACGGCAUGUCAUUCCUUGCAUCUCACGCCCUCGCCUCGGGCUACCUGACGUGCGACCACAUUGACACUGGCGGGAACCCGACGGGCCGCUUCGCCAAGAACAGCAGCUAUGCUGCUCCGCAGGUGGCGGCCGCGAUGAAGAAAUUCGUGGAUGGUUGCGAGGCACACGGGUUGCCGCCCGUGGAGGUGGCCUGCCGCUGGAUCGCUCAUCAUUCGGCCCUGAGUGAAAGCGACGGCAUCGUGUUGGGUGCGAGCAAGCUGGCCCAAAUUGGUGACACGGUGACCAAGGUUCGCAAGGGCCGUCUUUCCCAGGACGUGGCUGUUCUGGCAGAGGGUCUUUGGGACGCUGUGAAACAUAUGCGUGGCUCAAUGCUGUGA